CGGCGAUUUUCUUUUGCAACUGGUCGCUGCCUUAUUAUUACGGUCUCAGACCUUUUAGGGUGGAGUUGAAUGUGAAAUAUUUGCUUUAAACGAUCUUGAAUAUGAUGCUUUGAAUAUUAUCGCCUAUUACUUAUUGGGUUUUAACUUUGGUUGAUGGUCUUUGGUCAACUAUGAUUUUUCCUCAAGUUCUUCUUGAAGUGCAAUCAGAAUUGUUUAAAAAAUGCUGGGAACCCAAGAGACAUGAGGAGGUUUCUGGUCGUCAUAUCAACACAAGUUAGUGUGGAUGGUCCUUUAUUAGCUGUUUCUGAUCCUAUGUUUGUACACAAUAAUUCUAAACACGGAAGAAGAACAAAAAGACUCGAUCCAACAGAAGUUCAUUUUGCAGCGACGCCGUGUAUCAAGGCAAUCAGUCCUAGCGAGGGAUGGACGGCUGGAGGUUCUACAGUCACAAUCAUAGGUGAUAACUUUUUCGAUGGGCUACAAGUAGUCUUCGGAACGAUGCUGGCAUGGAGCGAGCUCAUUACAUCACACGCUAUCAGAGUUCAAAUACCACCUCGACAAAUUCCAGGUGUUGUUGAAGUCACGUUAGCAUAUAAAUCCAAACAAUUUUGUAAAGGAACACCCGGAAGAUUUGUAUAUGUUGCUUUGAGCGAACCCACCAUAGAUUAUGGCUUCCAAAGACUCGCGAAGUUAAUACCACGGCAUCCUGGUGAUCCAGAAAAAUUACCAAAGGAAAUAAUUCUUAAGAGGGCGGCGGAUUUAGCCGAAGCUUUGUACAGUAUGCCACGAAAUAAUCAGUUAGCCCUACCUGCACCAAGAUCACCAGCCUUGAACAACGCUGUCGCCAUGUCCGGCUUCAACGCUUAUACAGGUCAAUUAGCUGUCAACGUUCAAGAGAACGACUAUGGAAGGACGCAGAGCAACAGUGUGUCUCCAAGAGGCUAUGGCUCUAAUGCGUCAACGCCGCACAGCGCAAACGGCAGUUCCUACAGCACCACAGCAAUGAAUGGUGGUUAUGGCAGUCCGCCGAAUCUAGGCAAUAUGGCCGUACCAAGUUCUCCGGGUCUCUUCAAUGGAAUGGGAAGUAUAGUAUCCUCGCCUUUCGCAGCCAUGAACCCCUUCGCGCUACCAACGUGCAAUGGUCAGUCUUAUGGUAGCUCAAUAGUGACAUCUAAAUGACGGUGGAGUUGUGCACCUACAGACUGGAGGUUGUAAAUCAGCCUAUUUCCCCCCAAAUUGGCUUCUUAUGGACUGUCGUGGGUCAAGUGCACCUACAGAAAGAAUGCCAACAGAUUCAAGACACGAAUGCUAAAAUAACUGUAUUGGUUUAUCAAAAUACAAAAACUGAUUUGGACAUUCAAGCAAGUUUUGUUUCUGUGGCAAUCAAAAAACAGCCUGUUCUGAAAGCUCGGAUGCAAACAAAGAGAAGUGGACUUUUUAAAGUUAUAUGUUUUAUUAACUUUAAUCGCGUUAAAAAUGUUACAAUGAAAAUAAGUAUUAAGAAGCUGUUCGCACCAUUUCAUUUUUGGAAACAUUAUUCUUGUUCUUUAAUUAUAGAAUAUUUUUAUUCCAUUUUAAUAUAGCUUAAAAACAACGAAUUUAUUAGUUUCUUAAGGCGAAGAAUUUAAGUUUCAAUUUAAAUUAUUACAAGUUAACUUACAAUGCUAAACAUUUGAAGCUAUCCCUAUAACGUUCUAUUAAUUUUAAUUGUCAUUCUUGUUUUAGUUUUUUAAUUACAAGAGAUUAAUGCAAAUUUGCUUGCUUAUAGAUCCAAACUUACUCAAUUAAUUUAAAUAUUUAAAAAAUUUUAAAACUUCAAUUAUUGAUACAAGUUAUGUUAGACCUCGGAUACAAAAGAAUGAGUUUAUUUCUUUGCUCGUGAUAUUAUCAAUAUAUUUUUUCACCUAGUUUUAUUUAUUUAUU